GAUCCCAGUGAUAAAGAUCAAGGGGGUCAGAUGAUAUCUUUAUCAAGUCACAACCAGAGCUGACAUAUUUGUUGUUAGCAAAGACAUAUUUUUAAAAAUAUGUAUGUACAUACUUUUACUUGAGAAAGUAAAAUAAGUUAAACAAAACAGGAAGUGAAUCCUAGCAAAGGACGCCCAAGAUAGCGAUCAUUUCAAAGUGAGCAAAACAAAGGAAUCAAACGUGUCAUAAUAUCCUGUUUAUGAGGAAAAUAAAGUAUAUGCUGAGUUAACACAGAUUCAGCCACCGAUUAAAUCUUUCUUUUAUGAUAAGGGUGUCCAAAAGUAUUUCAGACUCACAUACCGAAAAGUCAAAAUGAUGUCAACUUUUAAAAAUGUUUGUACAGUAUUUUGCUUUUCAGUUGUUAUAAUAACUUAGUCCACCAGAGGUCAGUAUAUACUUCUUAUGGCGAUCGGUGUGUCACCCACUCACGACCACUGGGGGGCGCGCCGUCCCCUGCUCUCCGGGGUGGUCUGAUGCAGGAUGGCGGAGGGACCGGAGAUUUUAGCCGUUCGGUGCCCGGACGAGUCGUCCGACAGCGAACCGGAGCAAGAGCCCGGAACCCCACAGAAACUGAUUAGGAAAGUGUCCACUUCCGGUCAGAUCCGCAGCAAGACGGUCUUGAAGGAAGGAGACUUGAUGAAGCAGACCAGUUCUUUCCAGCGUUGGAAGAGAAGAUAUUUUAAACUGAGAGGAAGAACUCUGUACUAUGCUCAAAACACCAAGUCCAUCAUCUUUGACGAAGUGGACCUGACGGAUGCCAGCGUGGCCGAGUCGAGCACCAAGAACGUCAACAACAGCUUUACUGUAAUCACCCCCUGCAGGCGUCUCAUCCUGUGCGCAGACAACAGGAAGGAGAUGGAGGAGUGGAUGGCAGCUCUGCGGAGUGUUCAAAACAGACAAAACUAUGAGUCCACCCAGUAUAGCAUGGACCACUUCAGUGGGAUGCACAACUGGUACGCCUGCUCCCACGCCCGACCCACGUACUGCAACGUGUGCAGAGAGGCCCUGUCUGGAGUGACAUCACACGGACUUUCCUGUGAAGUGUGUAAAUUCAAGGCUCAUAAGCGUUGCGCCGUUCGCGCCACCAACAACUGUAAAUGGACGACGCUGGCAUCCAUCGGAAAGGACAUCAUCGAGGAUGAGGAGGGGGUGUGGAUGCCUCACCAGUGGCUUGAAGGGAAUCUUCCGGUCUCGGCCAAAUGUAGCGUUUGUGACAAAACCUGCGGCAGCGUCCUGCGGCUGCAGGACUGGCGUUGUCUCUGGUGCAAGACCAUGGUGCACUCCAGCUGUAAGGAGCAGCUGUCCUCCAAGUGUCCCCUGGGCCAGUGUAAAGUGUCCGUCAUCCCGCCCACGGCUCUCAACAGCAUUGACUCUGAUGGUUUCUGGAAAGCGUCGUGUCCCCCAUCCUGCACCAGUCCUCUGCUGGUCUUCGUCAACUCCAAAAGUGGAGACAACCAGGGCGUGAAGUUCCUGCGGCGCUUCAAGCAGCUGCUCAACCCGGCCCAGGUCUUUGACUUGAUGAACGGAGGACCACACCUGGGUCUGCGCCUCUUCCAGAAGUUUGACACUUUCAGGAUCCUGGUCUGUGGAGGAGAUGGCAGCGUGGGCUGGGUUCUGUCCGAAAUCGACGCCCUCAUGCUGCACAAGCAGUGUCAGCUGGGGGUUCUCCCUCUGGGAACCGGCAACGAUCUGGCCCGGGUUCUGGGAUGGGGGUCCGCCUGCGACGACGACACCCAACUACCUCAAAUACUGGAGAAACUGGAGCGGGCCAGCACCAAGAUGUUAGACAGGUGGAGCAUCAUGGUUUAUGAGACCAAAUUCCCACGGCAGCACUCCACCUCCACGGUCACAGAGGACUGCAGCGAGGACUCUGAGGUGCAGCAGAUUCUCACCUAUGAAGAUUCCGUCGCUGUUCACCUUUCCAAAAUUCUGACGUCAGACCAACACUCUGUUGUCAUUUCCUCUGCGAAGGUUCUGUGCGAGACAGUCAAGGACUUUGUGGCCCGGAUCGGGAAAGCCUAUGAGAAAAACACAGAGAGCUCAGAAGAGUCGGACGUCAUGGCAAAGAAGUGUGUGGUUCUCAAGGAGAAACUGGACCUGCUGCUCAAAACGCUCAGCGACGAGUCACACGUGUCUUCGCUACUGCCGCCGGCUCCACCCCCAACCAUCACCGAGGAGCAGGAAGAAGGCAAGGGCUUUGUCCUCCCCCUCCUCCGUCCUCAGAACCAAUUGUCACCAGACUCCACCUCCUGUUCCCCCCGACCCGGCGCCUCUGCGGCAGCCAUCUUUAAACCCAGAGAGCAACUGAUGCUGCGCGCCAACAGCCUGAAGAAAGCCAUCCGCCAGAUCAUCGAGCACACCGAGAAAGCUGUUGAUGAGCAGAACGCACAAACGCAGCCCGUCUUCUCGCUGGACGCCGUCAAAGUGGACGGGCUUGUGGAGGAAGACGAGGACGAAGAAGACAAGCUGUCCCUGCAGUCAUACGGCGCCAAACUCAGCAGCGCUCGCAGAGCCAGUAAGACACCAUGCGAGAGGCUGAUGAGUAAAGGCAGCCUGUCAUUGGGCAGCUCCACAUCACUUCCUGUCCCUACAGGAAGAGGAGACAACAUGCCGAUGCUCAACACCAAGAUCCUCUAUCCUGCCCUCAGAGCAGGUGUGUCAGCUUCUCUGUCAAGUGGUUCCGUCAUCAGUCGACUGCUCGUCAACGCUGAGUCAUUCACAUCAUGUGACCCUGACAACAUGGAGUGCUACACUGAGAAGUGUGUGAUGAACAACUACUUUGGGAUUGGACUGGAUGCCAAAAUUUCUCUGGACUUCAACAACAAAAGAGAUGAACAUCCUGAGAAGUGCAGGAGUCGCACAAAGAACAUGAUGUGGUACGGAGUUCUAGGAACCAAAGAGUUGCUGCACAGAACGUACAAGAACCUAGAGCAGAGAGUUUUGUUGGAGUGUGACGGGCGGCCCAUCCCCCUGCCCAGCCUCCAGGGUAUCGCUGUGUUGAACAUUCCAAGUUAUGCUGGAGGAACAAACUUCUGGGGUGGAACCAAAGAGGACGAUACUUUCACUGCUCCAUCUUUUGAUGACAAAAUUCUUGAAGUAGUGGCUGUGUUUGGCAGCAUGCAGAUGGCCGUGUCCAGAGUCAUAAACCUGCAACACCACCGCAUUGCCCAGUGUCGCACAGUCAAGAUCACGAUCCUGGGGGAUGAGGGCGUUCCUGUGCAGGUGGAUGGCGAGGCCUGGAUUCAACCUCCGGGUUACAUCAAGAUCCUCCACAAGAACCGGACCCAGACUUUAACCAGGGACCGCGCGUUCGAGAGCACCUUGAAGUCAUGGGAGGACAAACAGAAGUGCGAGUUUCCUCGUGGUCCCUCUUGUCCUGUGGCCCCGCCCCCUCUCAGCAGCCAUCCAGAAAUCGUUUCUGAAGAAGAGGCGUCAUUCGUGAGAGAGUUCGCUCGGGCUGCUGGAGUCCUCAUCUGCAGUAUCUGUCAGCUUGCUCAAAGUCACCACAGUCUGGAACAAGAACUUGCUCAUGCUGUCAAUGCCAGUUCCAAGUCCAUGGACCUGGUCUAUGUUGAGUCCGGAAGCAUUGGGACACUAAGCUGUGGUGCUGUGGUCCGAAUGGUCAAAGACGUCAAAGCACUACUCAGCGAAACAGAGCUGCUCCUUGCUGGAAAGAUGUCCAUGGUUUUGGACCCACCUCAGCAAGACCAGCUGAACUCUGCAUUGAGUUCAGUUGAUCAGCAGCUUCGUCGACUGGUUGACAUUUCGUGGUUGAGCGUCGUCAUCGACCCAUCUGACCAUGAGGGUCCCCUGACAGACUUGGCCAAGCCCAGUCGGAGUGCAAAGUUCCGCCUGGUUCCGAAGUUUAAAAAGGACAAAAACAACAGAAAUAAGGAGACUUGUGGGUCUCUCUCUCUGCCAGAUGACUUCCUCUUGGCAUCAGUUCACCAGUGGGGGACAGAGGAGGUGGGGGCCUGGCUCGACUUUCUCUGUCUCUCCGAGUAUAAGGACAUCUUUAUCGGUCACGACGUCCGAGGAAGUGAGCUGGUCCACCUGGAGAGGAGGGACCUGAAGGACCUAGGGGUGACCAAGGUGGGUCACAUGAAGAGAAUCCUUCAGGGGAUUCGAGAGCUCAGCAGGAACAGCAGUGCCAGCGAGGCCUAAGCUCCGCCCUCAGCAACCGCUGCCUGCUCGCCUCUACUUGCUGCUGCUGCCAACCGGCUUAACCCCGUGACCUCUGUGAUUGGCUCACGCACAAGCGCCUGAGACAAAAUCAGUCACGUGACCAGUGAGUGCCUUGUCGUCCUGCCCAAUGACCAAUCAGAAGCCAGCGCAUCGCCUGGGAGGCAGAGCCAAUCUUUCACCUCGCCCGAGAUGUGACAUUACAUCUUAAAAUGAAAGUUGGAAUAUUUUAACAUUUCUGUCUUAAGCACACGCUGACAUGCAUAUCAAUCAAAAACUCCCUCAGCUCUUUAUCAUUUAUUUAUUUUCUCAAAGGUCAUUUCUAUGGAAGACAGCUGUUUGCUGACAAGUUGUUCAAUUAUUUAUUAUUUUUUCCCCACACAAAUAACAUUUUGGGCCUUUUGAAGUUGUUUGUAAGAUGAACCGUGAUUUAAAAAAAAAACAUUUCAUGACCAGAAGAGAACUGAACUAGUCAAUAUUCUGGUCAAGGAAAGCCACAGAAAGUGGAAAAAACACACAUUGUUUUUCUGUCUAGUCCAUGUGUGGCAAUAAAUAUCAUUUGAAGAAAUAACAUUUUUUUUAAAAAGGUGGUGAUGUUUCACUUCAUUUCUUACUUUAAUAGCGUAGAACAAACACUGCUUAUAAAAGUGUUAAGCGGUACCGGUCCAUGGCUGUGGCUGAACCCGGGUGGAGGAGAACUUUCAGAAGCGAUGAUAAAAAUGUUACACUGAUGUAAGCAAAUAUUUCACUUUUUUUAAUUUACUUGUCCAGUAACAGUAACUCCAGUUACUUGUCCAGAGCUACAACUUUGUGACGGGCCAAUUUUGGUAAUACAGAAGAGAUCAAAUGAUAUUCAGUUAUUAUUAUUUUAGGCAUAAUUAAACCUAAUAUAAUUAAAACACCUAUGAGAAGCCUACCUGAAUUUGUUCACUAUUCUGUAUAGAAUGGACGCAUGCUUUAAAUAUAUUGAAAUAAGGCAUCUGUGAGGAAACGUUUGGUAUGAUUUAAGUUUCUCCUUGCUGGGCCAAGUCUUACGGUUUUUGGUAACUGUUUUCCGACAGUAUCCUGUUUUUCUUUUUCCCAUAAAGAGAUGGUUCAUCGACAACCUCCUCGAAAUCCUAAAUACCAUCUUUAUCCUUCAUUAUGGCUGUGACCGUCCAAUGUUAAGCAACGUGCUGCAACUAGUCCUCGAGCGAGCCCAACGAUUAUAAUUACAUUUUUGUAUGAAUUUAUGGAAAAGUCUCCAGACGACCAGAGGAAACACCCAUACAUGGAAUAAAAAAUCAUAUUAAAUAAAAAAUUAUAUGAAAGGUCAUUUUUCUCUGACAUCACAUCAGGGUUAAAUGUGGGCGCCUGUGAUCACCCGCAACCGCCACCAAGUCAUUACAACAAGAUUUCUCACUGGGGAUGCUGAAAAAAGCGGACUACUACUUGGGGAGACAAGAACAGAACGGUCAGGGGGCUACUUCACACACUGAUGUGCCAAACCACUUCUAUUGUAUCGUAUUGUUUUUUUGUCAUUUU